UGUUCUUUGUAACUCUGGUAAAUCGACGCAAAUCAAGAACUAGAAGCGAUGAGACAACAUUUUUCUCUACAUGGUGAUAAAUGGAUCCCCACCGAACAAAUUGAUAAUUUGUGGGAAUUCGUCAAAGCUGUAGACUGGACUGAACAUUGGUUAAUAGGUUUGAUCGUUUUCCACACGGCAACAUUCCUAUCUAUUAUUUGUACGAGAAAGUAUACAAACUUUCAAAUCGUCUUGUUCUUGCUGCUACUGGGACUGGCAUUUGCAUCAGAACAAAUAAAUACCAUAGGAGCAAAACACUGGAGGACCUUUGCAAAGGAGCAGUAUUUUGAUUCUGCUGGUUUGUUCAUUACUGUUGUGUAUUCAGGUCCAAUACUUCUUAACUGCUUUGUUUUAACAGUCUCCUGGCUGUGGACAGCAGGGAAAAUGCUGAUAGUGGUAAAGAGGGGACAACUAAAAGAACGGAAGAAGAAAGAAAGAGACAACAAAAAAUCACAAUAAGAUCAGGAGUAAUGAAAGCUCAUAUGUAGUGUUUAUAUUUAUGGGAAAAAAAAAAGGAUUCUCUCUAGCUUCAUUGUCCAUGGAAGGUCUGGGUAGGGGUUUCAAACUUUCUCUCAGUGAUGUUAUGGUUCUCAAUAGGAUUCAUUGAGGUUUGACUGAGCAAAGAUUGCUUAGGAAUUAGGCCAGAGUGGAAUAACCUGGAUGUCCCAAGACUUCAGCAAAGUUUCCUCAAUCCAUUGUAAUCAGUUGUUUGUCUCUACAGCAAGGUCUUUACCUCACACGAGAAGAAAGGAAUAGACCUAGCAGUUUGCAGUCCAUUCCAUGAUCCUGUGUUUACUUUCCAUGCCCCUUUGUAGGACCAUAGGAUGAAAAGAGACUUCUGCCAGUCUCCUUGUCACUUUCAGGUUGUAACUGCAUAUAAUCUACUGACUUCCUUGGAAAAUUCACUGACCUUCACUGUGGUCAUGUAUAAAUGACUUGACUCCUAGUACAAACUGAAUUCCUGUAUUAGUGGCGACUUUUGAAGAAUAUUAAUUUUAUUUGCAAGGAGGCUUUCAUUUUUAGCGUUACGGUACGAGUGUUUCUUUGCCGGCGAAAAACUUUGAAGUCUUUAUCGAAAAGAGCUGCUGUGAAGUCUGCAAAGGAAGUCUGCUUACACACCCCUCGCUGACUCUCUUCGCUCAGGCAAAGAAACAAUCGUGCCGCAGCUUUGAUGAUGUGGGCCAGCACGCAGGCUGAAAAAUGAUUAAUAAAAGGAACAAAUGAUUAAUUCCGCUUCCUGCCGCAACAAUGUUGGAAAAGGGUUUUUCCUCACAUUCAGCGAGUCUGCACCAACUACACAACCUUUUAUUACUGUAAAGCAGAAAAUCCCAGUCGCGCUAAUCAACAGGGCGGGUUUAACACCCUCGAUCAAAAGACUAUUACUCCACUUUCUCUCAAACAAAAAUCGCUAUAUUUGGAUAAAAUUCACGUCGCAACUCAAACACGACGUUUAUCAAAAAUUAUUAAGAGAUCUGCUGAAAAGACCACCUCUUUUAAAACGGUUAAAAAAGUGUGUCGUAUAUUCCUGCAAAAAAAAAAAAAAGGUUUUACAGGACCACAGUACGUGGUGAGUUAGACGUUGCGCUUGUCUAGAUUAAGAUCAAGGUUAAACAAGUUAUCUCAAAGGAUUGCGAUACUUGUUCCCGAAAGUCCAAUAAACUUCUCUUGUACAAAUGAA